AUGCCCGCCCAGUCCACACUCUCCGACGAUGACAAAACCAAAGUCAAAUCCGCCGUCCCCAAGUCCUCCAACAAGAUCAUCUUCGCUUUGUUAGCCCGCAUCUACUACGCCUACCCCGACCCCAACGCCUGGUCGUACGCCGGCCUGCAGGGCGCGCUCGUCGUCGCGCGCGACACCGCCAAGGGCGGCACGAUGUACUUCCGCAUGGUGGAUCUGGCGGGCACGCGCGGCGUGAUAUGGGAGCACGAGGUGUACGACGGGUUCGAAUAUUUCUCCGACCGCCCGUUCUUCCACUCGUUCCCCGGGGAUGAAUGCAUGAUUGGCUUCGUGUUCGCCGACGAGGGCGAGGCGAAGGCGUUCCACAAGAAAGUCACGACUGCGCUCAGCAAGAACAAGGCGCCAGCGAAAGCAAAAGCCAAGUCCACGAAAUCCAAGUCCAAGACCCCCGGCAAGAUCGACAAGUCCAUGAUCUCGGGCCCGACGCAGGGGUCCUUCAUCCACGUCGCGCACAUGGGCUACGACUCCGAGAAGGGCUUCACCUCAUCCAACGUCGACCCCUCCUGGAUGGCCUUCCUCGACCAGCUGCAGUCCAUGGGCGUCGACAAGAGCGUCAUCGAGCACGACAUGGAGUUCAUCCAGAACUUCGUCCGCGACGCGCAGAACAACGCCUCCGCCACCGCCCCCGCGGAACAGAAGGCGGAGAAGAAGAAGAAGCCGCCCCCGCCCGCGCCGCGCCGGCACG